AUGGCUGCUUCUGCUUCAAUAUGUGCUUUUCUUAAAGAAUCUGGACAUAUAUAUACUAAAAAUGAUGGAUCAGUAUGGAAUAUUACAGAGUUUGUUCAUAAUUUUGAAGAGGUAUCAUUACUUAAUAAAAUAACAUAUGCCUAUAUUGCACCUAUUAUUAUUACUUUUGGUAUUGUUGGUGAUUUUCUUACUGUAGUUUCACUUACACAUCCAUUAUUACGUAAAGCCUCAAUUGUUUAUACAUAUUUAACACUACUAGCAAUGACUGAUUUGUUAUCAUUAUUCUCUGUAAUCCCUAUGAUAUUAUAUUUCCUCAAUAUUCGUUUUUGUUCUCAAAUAGCAGCACUUUAUUAUGCGCAUAUUGGUUUUCCAUUGGUAAAUGCUUUGAUGGGAGCAAGUGUUUGGAUUGUUGUUUGUCUAACAUUAUCACAAUAUAUGGCAGUUUGUCAUCCCUUCUAUCAUGGAGUGUUACGUAAAAGAAAAUGUUGUUACUGGAUGUUUGCAGGAAUAUAUAUAUUUUCUUUUUCAAUAAAUGCUUUAUGGGCUGUUAAAAAAAAUGUUCAUAUUGUUCCUGAUGGUUUAACAGAAUGUACAUAUAAUGUAUGUGAUGGUAGUAUACAAGAUUCAACAUGGUUUAAAAUAUAUGAAUGGAUUCGUGAAUUAGUUACACGAGGAUGUCCCUUUUUAAUUAUUGCCUAUUGUAAUGCAAAAAUAUUAACUACAUAUCGUAAAACAAAAAAAGAACGUCUACGAAGUUUGACAUCACCUCAUCAAAAUAAAAAUAUUCAUGAAAAAUCAGAACAAGAAGAGAAAAGGCUAUUUUUAUUAUUAUUUACAAUUGUUAUUAUUUUUAUGAUUUGUACUAUUCCAGCAGCACCACUAACAAUAUUUGUCUCAGAUGCCAGGCAAAGUGAAUUAGGAUUUCAAAUUUUUAGAGCUAUAACUAAUUUAUUAGAAUUUACCAAAUUUGCAUUAAAUUUUUAUUUCUACUGUUUAAUCAAUCCAGAAAUAAGAAUAAUUUGUUAUCAUAUCGUUUGUUGUAAAAAACUUAAUAAACAGGCAAUGGUUAAAGGGCAACCAGUUACAUUUUAUUCAAGAAAUAAAAAAAAUAUUAAACAUGGAUCUUUGGUUGAUACAAAAAUUUUAACAUUAAAAAAUAAUGGAAAAGGUGAAUUUCUAAGAAGUAAAUCUUUAUCUGUCAACAAUAACAUUAAAAUAAUAAAAAAUAAUUUUGAUACAAUAUCAAUGAAGAAAAAAAAUGAAAAAAAUAAUCCUUUUCCUGUAACAGAAUCAUAUAAUAAAUGUUUCAAGUCUGAUGAAAAAAAUUAUUUAGAAAAAGAAAUUCCUAUAAUGGAUGAUGAAAAUAUUUUGCAAUAG